AUGACCCUGGGCUCGGAGAUGUCCGAGGCGUCGGCGCUAGCUGAGGAGACCGACAUCGAUGUGGUAGGCGAAGAGGACGAGGAGGAGGACGAGGAGGAGCCGCAGCCCCGCCACCGCCGCUCUUAUGCCGAGGACGAGGAGGAGGAGGAAGAAGAGGACGAAGAGGAUGUGGGUGACCUUCAGGACGACGCCCUGCUGCCACGGUCGCCCGUGCGCGGCGGCGGCAGCAGUGCGGCGGGCGGCGGUGACAGUGCCGGCGGUUCUAGGCCUCCUUCGCGGGGCGGCCCGCAGAAACCGGCGGCGGGCGGCGGAGGGGCGGGCGGCGGCGGCGGGGCUGGCGGCGGCAGCGGCAAAAAUAGCCUAGUGAAGCCGCCCUACUCGUACAUCGCCCUCAUCACUAUGGCCAUCCUGCAGAGCCCCAAGAAGCGGUUGACGCUGAGCGAGAUUUGCGAGUUCAUCAGCGGGCGCUUCCCCUACUAUCGGGAGAAGUUCCCCGCCUGGCAGAACAGCAUUCGCCACAACCUCUCACUCAACGACUGCUUCGUCAAGAUCCCCCGGGAGCCCGGUAACCCGGGCAAGGGCAACUACUGGACGCUGGAUCCCGAGUCAGCCGACAUGUUCGACAACGGCAGCUUCCUGCGCCGCCGAAAGCGCUUCAAGCGGCAGCAGCUCCCAGCACCCGAGCUGCUGCUGCGCGCCGUGGACCCUGCCGCCUUCCUCCCGCAGCCUCCGCCCCAGCCUACCCAGCAGCCGACCUGCGCCUACGGACCCUACGGCUGCGGUUACGGCCUCCAACUCCAGCCGUACCACCCCCACUCCGCCCUCUUCGCCUUCCACCACCCCUCUCCGCCGCCCCGGCAGCCCCCCGCCACCCCCGGCAGCGCCCCUGGCGCGGCGCUGCCCGCCGCUGCCGCGGCGCCGCCGGGCCCCUUGCUGCCGGCGGCGGAGCUGGCACGGACGCCCUUCGGCUACGCGCACCCGCUUGGCCCGGCACUGGCGGCCUCCCUGCACGCCGCCAAGCCCUGCAGCGGCGCGGCACUGGUCCGCUCGCCUUUCUCCAUCGAGAGCAUCAUCGGGGCGGGGGGCGGCCCCGCCGCGGGCAGCAGCUGCGCCUCUCAGUCGGCCGCGGCGCCGGGGCUGGCUCGCUCGCUGGGGAGCGCCGGGGGAGGCCUGCCCCCCGCUGCCGCCCUGCCUGCCACCCCCGGCUUCGCUGCCCGCAUCUCUAACUGUUAA